AUGAAGGAAGUUGACCCCAAAGAGGAGCACCAUUUCCUCGAAAUAAUGCCCACGCCACUUGCUCCCAAGGAAGGGACAAUUCGUGAGGGUAUAUUGCUAUUUUCCUGUAGGCAUUAGCCAAGUCAAACUUAGCCAUUAACAAUCUAAGGCCACAGGCCAUUUUGCCAUAAUGAAUGCAUCCACUGAAAUAUACUCAACAGUGAAAGGCAGGUUGAGGAUCAGAUCAUUUAUGCUGUGACUCUCUGGAAAUGAGAGCUCCACGAUGCCACUUACCAUGCUGAUUAUUCUUGGAAAUUCCUCCGAAAUGGCUAAUGGUGCAAAGAAGAAAGAGGUGGGGAUAGGAAAGGAUCAGCAACACUGUUAGCCAAUGGCGAGACCUCCAAAACUGUGGUUAGAGGGAAGAAUGUAUCAACUAGAACACUACAUAGAACGGGAACAGAAAACGAACUUGCUGCAAGUGGCAGUCCAUGCUAUUAGCAACAAAACCACGGUAUUUAAACUAUAUGCAAAGCAAGCCCUUGGCACCUCAUACCUUCCCCCUUAUCCCACAAGGGAGGGACAACGGAAGUGGAAGCCGCUACAAUAGGGAAAAGGGCAGUAAAUCCUGGGGUGCUCUCUGUCACAGUUGCUGGAUUCCUGGUGAGACAUUUAUCUACCAAACAGCCACCAGAAUUGACCUUCAUUCCAUGAGGCGAAAAGGAAGAAGCACGCCAGGGUCUAAGCUGUCUGUGAAAGACAGAGAGGACCAGGGAGAAGUUGUCUGCACUGACCGAGAGCCUGGCACAGGCUAUAGGAGAAGAGAAUGGCAGAAGUAG